CACAGGUCUAGUCAAGGUCAGUGUUUCUGCAUUAUUGGCUUUGGAGCCCAGCUGGCGAAGAAUGGAUUCCGAUUGAUCACAAACUACGCGUGUCAUGGCUACCAUGAUAAGAUCCCAACUGGCGGCAGCAUCCGGGAAUAGUCCAACGAAGCGCGUGUUAACUGCUUGAACCCUAUCACCGUAUUUAGAAGACACCGUUAGUUUUGGGCCCAUAGUCGUUCAAGUACAAUAUUCCUCAAGUGCGCUCCAGAGUGUCUGAUGACGCACGGCCCGUGGCCACCCACUUAACGAGAAACUUUCAGACAAGAGCCCGCUGUGGUGACCCUCAAACUUUUCCGCUCGACCGAGGCUUGGAUAGGUGGCGCCGUCCUCUAAAUGCACCGAUACUUUCGGGAGAUCUUAAUUAUCAUGCUCAAGUGCGGAGAUACGUACGCAUUGUUAAUCUGAGCGCUUAUUAAUCUGAGCUCUGGGAGCACGGAGGCAGUCGGCACAAGCACUGCCAUCGGCGUGUCUCUCGCUGCGAUCGACCAUCCGCGGACUCGUUCAUACACCGAUCAGGUGUACCUACCACUUCAGCGGGUUCGCGGAGGUCUAGUACAGCGGCAGCGGUAGCGGUUCAAGGGAAACUCACUGCAGAGAUAGCAGAUCAGCAGACCGGACGACAUGGACGUCGGCUCGCGCGCACGGCGUCUCUGGGAUGGAGCGCGCCGCCUGCCGCGCGGCGGCGUCAUCUCCGUGGCCGCUGGAUUCCUGGUUCACCUCUCGCUGGGCAUCAUGUACACAUACGGCAACCUCACCACCUACAUGACGUCCUACCUGCACGUGCGGCUCGGCCUGUCGGUAGACUACGGCGACACCACGUGGAUCGGAUCCGUGCAGGGUGUCGCACAAGGACCGGGAGUGCUGCUUGGGAGCGUCGCCUGCCAGCGAUUUGGGCCUCGUCUGACGAUCCUCGCUGGAAGUGUGCUCUCCUCGGUCGGUAUGGCACUCACGUGUCUCACCAUACAGACUUCGUUUGCCGCCACUACCCUGUCGUAUGGCUUGAUGUGUGGCUUCGGCGUUGGUCUGGCCUACACCACGCCAAUGGUGAUGGGUCACGAGUGGUUCCCUCACAACCGCGGCAUGGUUAGCGGUCUUGUGAUAGGCGGUUACGGCCUCGGCAGUAUCAUCCUCACCUCAGUGCAGACCAGCUACCUGAACCCAGAGAACGUCUCGACAGAGGACGACGGCUUCUUCCACGACGAUGCGCUGCUGGACCGUGUGCCGUCGUUGUUUCUGAUACAGGGUGCGAUUUGUGCUGCUCUGCAGUUGUGUGGAGUGCUGGGCGUGCGUCGUCCGCCACCAGGACAUGGUGAAAAACUGUCUGAGGAGACUGAAGUGAAAGGCGACGCACCGGGAGCUCAAGAUGCCGGCGAAAGCUUGCCGGAAAAGCAAGACUUCACGAACGGGGCUGAAGCAGACGAUCCCAAAGCAUGGAGGAAAGAUCUGCUAACCGCUCAAACACUUCAACUCUUACUCGGCUUUGUCAUGAACGCCUACAGUAUGACCAUGAUCAACUCAUUCUGGAAGGCAUUUGGACAGACAUUCAUCAAGGACGACCACUUCCUGGCGAUGGUGGGCAUGGGCUCUUCUGUAUUCAACAUGCUCGGACGCAUGGUGUGGGGCCUCGUGUGCGACGUCUGGGGCUACAAGCCCACAAUGGUUCUCUUCAGUGGUCUUUUUGGCGCCCUGCUGUUCACCUUCCCCUCGACGUCUCUUACCACUCAGGGGGUGUUCCUCGUCUGGUUAUGGUGCAUCUUUUUCUGCGCAUCGGGCAAUUACUCAGUAGUGUUGACAGGCACCGCGGCGACGUUCGGUCCCAAGCACGCGGGACAAAUCUACGGCGUCAUCUUCCUGACUGCAGCGCUGUGCUUGCCGCUGGUUGCUUACGCUUCCGAGGUGGUGUUUGAGCAAUUGGGUUUCGCAGAGCUGUACCUUGUUGCCGGAGGCAUGGUCUCCGUCGGCCUCACGGCGACGCUCACGUUCAAGCCUCGAGGGCAUGUGAGAGAUGAACCUCUGGAUAUCGAACCCGAUUCUUUUUAGGGAUUGAUGAAAACUUUGGGAUAGUGUUUCUACUUCCUACGCAAGGGUAGAAUACAUACGUCAUGAAGAGUGCUCCCGGAAAUGAUUCGUGACCACAAAGGUUUUUAUGUGAUAGAUACGACUGUAUUACUGAUACUUAGUCUAUUUCUAUGAAUAUGUCUGUGAAUGUAUGUAUGUAUGAAUGUAUGUAUGAAUGUAUGUAUAUUAUGAAACUGUUUUGCCUAUUCUGCGAAUAAACCUUUGAGUACCUAUCCUAA